CAUCGACUCAUUCCGCAGUAUUUGCAUUUAAAUAAUAUAGUGCGCAUGCUAAAAUCCUGUAAAAAAUUCAGAAUCAUAAGGCAAAUUUUAGGAAAGUUUUAGAAAGUAAAAAAAACUAUAAAGUGCGUCAAGCAAAAAAUGGACCAACCUUAAGUACUUUUGAUCUAAUGAUCGGAUCUGCACGUUAUAGGACUCAGUUUUAAUGGUUUGAGAGCGUAACCUUAAAUAUUCUAAAUAUUUAGUGCAGACGAUAUUUCAAGGAGCGAAAUCAGACACAAAAACGAACUUUCUCUGAAUAAACAUACCUUUUAUGACUGAUUCUAAUUUCUGACCCCCAAAACAUAGGGAAUAGCUGCAAUCUGCGAAAUAUGGUUCCAGUAGUUUGGUCAGAAGAAUAGUCCCCUUAAUUUUAAUUUUUGCAAAUUUUACCAUAUCUUGAAAACAUUUUAAGCCAAUUAAAAAGUUUAUGCACACAAUUAGGAAAUUCAAUGAUGAAAAGAUAAUUCCAGGCAAAACAUAAAUUUUAAGAAAGGAAUGUAGUGAAUGAAUAAUAAAAGAAAACAGACACUUCUGUCCAGAAUUACAGGAAACUACUUGCAUUUUUACAUAUUUUCGCCUAAAAUUAGCAUAAAGAAAAACAUUUUCAUGGAGACUGAUUUGUAAUUUCAAAAUGGCAACUUGGUAUGCACUUUUAAAAUAAACUUACAAACCAAAAGUAAAACUAGUUAUUACAGUUACAUUGCCAGAUAUAAGUAUGGAGAAUAAACGAAAAAUGAGUGUAGCAGUUUCAGAAGAUAUUAAUUAUGUGAUCAAACAAGGAAAACUUGAGGACUUUGAGAAUUUGAUAAAAAAUGGAAUGGAUUGUAAUGCUGUAGUUUCUGACGACAUUUGUAAGAAAAUAAUACACACCGCUGCCGAAUGUGGCCGCUGCGAUGUACUUGAAUAUCUCCUAAAAAAUAAAAUAAAUGUUAAUGAAACAAACAAAAACGGAUGGACGCCAUUACAUUAUGCAGCAAAAGGUGGACACUUAGAAGCACUUAAACAUCUAAUUGAAAAUGGUGCGGAUAUUAAUGCUGCCAGCUUUACUGGUGGAGCAAAAUAUUAUCAUAUCGCUGCUGGAAAUGGACAGAGAAAUAUUUUAGAACACUUUUUUAAUGCUGGUGGCUUAGUCAAUGAAAUUGAUAAAGACGGAUGGACAAUAAUGCACUAUGCAGCUAAUGGAGGUAAAUUGGAUAUCAUUGAAUACCUUAUGGACAAUGGCGCUAACAUUUACUCUGGAAGUUUCGACGAUGGUAGGAAACCUCUACAUGUUGCAGCCGGUAACGGUCACGAAACAAUUGUAAUGUUUUUCAUAAAUGAAGGCAUGAAUAUUGAUGAGACAGACGAUAAAGGUUGGACAUCGUUGCAUCACGCUGCAAAAGAGGGAAUGCUAAAAGUUGUUCAGCUGCUUUUAAAACAUAAAGCCAAUAUUCAUGCUGCAACAAAGGCUGGAGGCAAAGCCAUUCACUUUUCCGCAAAAGAAGGUCACAAAGACCUGCUAGAGUUACUUUUAUGUAAUGGAGCUAGUGUUGAAGACCGUGAUGCUAAACACGCCUGGACGCCUUUGCACUAUGCUGCAGGAAGGAGACAAUUAGAUAUUAUUAAUUACCUAAUUGCAAAAAAGGCAAACAUUUAUGCUAGAUCAAAUACUGGGAUGUCAUGUUUGCAUUAUGCUGCUGAAAAAGGUCAUGUUGAUGCCGCAGAGAUUUUUCUUCAGCAAGGUCUACGAGUUGAUGACACAGAUGAAGAUAACUGGACUCCUUUACACUUUGCUGCAAUGGAAGGUCACGUAAAAAUGAUCGAAUUUUUAUUGGAUAAGGGUGCCAGCAUGAGUUAUCACUGUAAAGAUGGCCUUAUAGCUUUCCAUGCGGCAGCACAAAAUAACCGAAAGCAAGUGAUAGAAUUUUUUAUAAGUAAAGGAGUUAGCACAAAUGAAAAAAAUGCUAAAUCUGGUUUGACUGCAUUGCACUAUGCUGCAUCACAAGGUUUUGUAGACAUUAUUAAGUUUCUUUUGGAUAAAAAUGCUGACAUUCACGCGUCAUCUAGGGAUGGACAAAAGGCUAUUCAUUCAGCAGCACAAAGUGGCCAGAUAAAAGCUGUAGAGUUUUUCCUUUUGAAGGGGAUAGACGUUGAUGAACGUACGGAACGAAACUGGACUGUUCUUCAUUCAUGUGUGAAGGCAGGGCAGCUAGAAAUGGUUGAGUUUUUAAUUAAAAACAGUGCAAAUUUGCGUGCAAAGACUAUUGAAGGUAAUAAUGUUCUGCAUUUAGCGGCAAAAUUUGGCCGUAAAAACAUUGUAGAAUAUUUUCUAAACAAAGAACUUGAUUUAAAUGAGCGAAAUACAAAAGGUUGGACACCAAUGCAUUAUGCUGCCUAUAAUGGUUCCGUAGAAAUUGUUAAUAUCCUUUUAAACAAAGGUGCUUUAUGUGAUGAGAAUUUCGGCAGAGUGGCUAAACCUCUGCAUGUUUCAGUAUUUCAAGGUCACAUAAAUGCUGUUAAAGCAUUUGUUGAAUUUGGAAUAGAUCCUAAUUCAUGUGAGCCAGGUGGAAAUACACCAUUACAUAUCGCUGCAGAAAAGAACCAACUUGAGAUUGUAAAAUAUCUUAUUGAAAAAGGUGCAAAUAUUAAUAUCAAAAAUUCAAAAGGAGAGAAGCCAAUCCAUAUUGCUGCAAAAGACGGUAAAAACGCUAUUAUUGAAUAUUUGCUUGAAAACGGAGUUUAUAUCGAUGAUACAAAUGAUGAUGAUUGGACACUUCUUCACUAUGCUGUUAGCAAUCUUCAUUUUGAUCUAGUUGAAUACUUAAUCAACAAAGGAGCGAAUAUUAGAACCCAAACUAAUGUUGGUGUUUCACCUCUAUGUUUAGCCGCUUUAUAUCGCCCACUUAGAAACAUUUACCGACACGUUUUCCAUGAUGAAGAUGAUUUUUAUGAGCUAAAUUAUCAAAAUAAAUGUGCUCAUCAAAAAAUAUUAGAUUUCUUAAUUCAAAAAGAUGGACUUAUCAACGAUGCUAAUUCUGAUGGACAGACGCCAUUACAUUACGCUGUCUAUGAAGCGAGUGGGGAAAAAGUACACCACAUCGUUGAAAUGCUUGUAGAUGCAGGUGCUAAACCCGAUAUUCAAAACAAGUAUGGAAAGACUCCUUUACACUUUGCUGUUGAAGACGAAAAUUUAACUGCAAUUAAAAAAAUGUUAAAAGCAAAACCUAAUUUAGACCUAUGCGACACUAAUGGCUAUACUCCGUUGCACAUAGCUUGCGAGAAUCAAAACACAGAAAUUAUACUACUUCUUUUGGAAGCUGGAGCUAGAUCUGAUAUCAAAGACAACGAUGGUAGGACAAUUCUCUUUUACUGUCUCAAUGAUUUCAUGAAUUUUGAUUGUGAACAUGAUGAGGAAAAUCAUAAUCAAGAUUAUAUUAAAAUUCUAGGAAAAAUUUCUACAUUUACUGAUAUUGAUGAUAAGGAAAAGAAGUCUGCUGUACACUUAGCAAUCGAGAAUGAUUGCGAAUUUGAGUUUUUGAAAUUUGUUUUAAAUUUCCAGAAAGACUUAAAUGUCAUGGACAUUAAUGGUAACACACCUUUAAAUUAUUUGAUUCAGGAAAAAGCGAUUUUCAAGGGUGACAAGUGCACUGAGUCUAUAAAGUUGCUUAUUUCGAAUGGCGCGUAUUUCAAACCUAUUGACUGCCGGAUAAUAACGGACAACCUUCAUCUGAAAGAUAUUCUUUUCACUGAUGUACAACUGUGUACAAGCUCUUUUUUAAAUAGGUUAAAUAACGAAGACUUGCCAAAACUGCAUAGUUCACCUUUAUCUGCUAGACUUCCACCAAUUGACAAAUUGAAAUUAAAUGUUUCUCGGCUAAAAACCGUAGAAAAAUGUAUCCAGAAUGAAAUACUAAAUAAGGGUUACUGUGAUGUAUACAAAAUAAUGUCUCCUUCCCUUUUUCUUUUAUCAUUAGCAAGUCUUGUAAAUUAUUGUAAUUUGUCAAAACAAUAAUUAUCUUGACUUCAAACAAUAAUCCUUACAAGAGUAUUAACAGACAUUCACCAGAUUUUGUAUAUCAUAAGAAUUUAUGUAUAUCAUAUUAAAUACUGUCAAUUAUGUUGAAAAAAUUUACAUUAAGUGUGCUCUAAGAAAUUUCAGAUCAAAUCGCAGAAAAAAAACAUCGACACUCAGGGUGCCUGUACUUUUUACCAUAAAAUCCAUUUUUACCAAAACAUGUCUCAGAAACCGUAAUUUUUACAGAAAUAAUUACCGUAAAAUCACUCACUCACUCUAAUUAUAUCAAUAUUAAUGUAAAAAUUACGAUGCAAUAUUUAUCCGUAAAAAUGAACUUUGCGGAAAAAUUAAUAUUACGGCUGUUGGAAGCUAAGUACCGGUAUUUUAUACCGUACUUUGAUCCGGAAUUUUUUACAGUGUAGAGUGUAUUUUUACAGUAUAAAGUUAAACAUUUGGUGAAAUUUUGUUCUGUUUGGGGAUGAAUAUCAUAUGCUUUUUUUUUUCCUAAUUUAAGUUUUCAUUAAUAAAAACCUGCUUUAAGAUUGAAAAAUAUUUCUUCCAUAUAUUUAAAUAGGGAAAAUAAUUGCAUUCACUCUGAACAUUUUCUCUUUUUUUAACUUUUAAUUUGGUUUAAAUUUGAUUUAAACACAUUUAAGUGAAAAGUCAAAUGUUUUGGUCACUUAAUACUUUAUAUAAUACUUUUAUAAUUUAUGAUGAAGUUAAUUUUUCUUUAAAUAAUAUGUUAAAUACAUAAAGAAUAAAUAUAAUCCUUUCCUAAAUUUUUAUUGAAUAUUUAAGUGUAACGUUGGGUUUACUUCAAUUAUUAAAAACCCUCACUUUCUUUGUUUAUGAAAAUCAUUUCAUGAUAUUUUUAAAAACUCCAGAUACUUUUACGGCAAUAGGGCAUACCGCUAACUAAACUAGAUGAAUUAAAUUUUGCACCUAUCGAUAUCUCAAAAUGAACAAAUAUGGACUUGGCACACAAUUCAGAAAAGGCUUUCAACAGCGGGUGUGAAAAUCGAUAAAAUAUCAGAAGCGAAUCAUCAUUUAACAAUAAUAGUUGAUACUAUUCAAUGUUUCUAAAUUCAAUUACCAGUUAUAUUUUUGAAAUUGUUAAUGAUCCGCGAACCGAAUUUUUCUUUCUCUUACAAAUGGAAUAUUUGCAUUUUCAUGGAAUUCAUCAUUAUAUUGUUUUAAAAUAUACGAUACAGCAAUAGCCAGGUACACUUUAACUAACGAUCAAUUAUUUAAAUUAAAGCGAAAUUUGAACACUUUUCAAUUGCUACGUGUUUCGAAAAAUUUCCCAGCCAUUCUAUUCUCUUAAAAAUUUAUUUUCAGUGCUAUAUCAUUUCUUUUGUCCAGAAAUUAAACUGAAUUAUGCAUAUGAAUGACUAUUAACUGUUAAAAUUUUUAUGCAGAUAUUCAUAAAAUUUAUAGAAAUUUUGUAUUCUACAAUUACAAUUUAUUUCACAAUUUUUUUUUUAAACUUUAAAAUUAUUUUAAUUGAUUUCGUAAAAAUUGUCAUUGAAUAUUGUUUUAACUGCUGAUAAUAUAAAUGUUUCAUAAAUUGCAAUUUUUUUUCAAUUGUUUAUAAUCGUUUGGUAUUAUAUUGAUGAUUUACAACUAAAAAAAUUUGCAAAAAACUAUUUAAAAUCACUGUUUAUUAUUAUUCGGUAAAAACCACGAAUCUUUUAAAAAUGUAUAUAUAAUUUCUUACGCUUUAUUAUUUCUGAAUUAUUAGUUAUUUCAGAAUUAUUUUUACCAUUUUUCAGAAUUUUUGAUACAAAAUGACUUCAAAAAUAUGAAGUCUAAAAUAUAAAAAGAUAGUAUAGAAUUCAGCACAUUUAAGAAUGUUCAACUGUGCUCCAAAUUCAUAUAUGUAGAAUAUAAAUAUCAGGUUUUGUUGAUAACAAUGUAUGGAAACAUAGAAAUUUCGUUUCUCGUGUAUUUUUUGUCAUAAAAUUGGUAUUUUAACCCUCUUGGUGGCGCUUACUUGAAAUAGUUUUACUCUUAGAUGGGCAAACAUAUUUAAAGGAGUUCCCCCUGAAAUGGGCAACGGUCAGACAAAAGGAAUGCCUCCCCCCUUUUCUUCCGUUUGCUGUUAAGGGAAUUAUUUACGCUCUAUGUGGUCAGCUUUUGGAUGGGAGGGUCAGCCAAGGAAAUGACAGUUUGAUGGAUGAAUUUCGUUUUCUAGUUCACUUUUCAACUAUCUUUUUUGAAUCCUCCUGCAAUUCAAUGUUUGUUUUUAGAAUGUUUUAAUAUUUUUACAAUUUAUAUUUAAAAGACAUGACUGUAUGGUCCUCGCCCUUCUCAUUGAUGAAGAUUGUUAGGCAAAUUUUAUUCCAGUUUAAGACAAAAAUAAAAAAUUAAUUAAUAAAAAAUUAUAAUAUGAAUCUUGAAAUAAAAAAAAAAAUAAAGUUGAAAAUAAUUUGUAGUUUAAGUUUCUUUCUUUUUUAUUAUUAAAUUUACAUUGAUUUAGUGCUUAUCAUCACUAUGCAUAUUGUUUAUAACUACUUUUAAGAUCCUUUAAUUUUCUAUAAUAUUUAAUUUUGCAGAGUGGCAAUCUUUUUCUUUUAUUUAAUCUAAACCAUGAUCAUUAUCUUCUUUUCAAGUUAUAUAUUCUCUGAUUUGGAAAGUAUAUAAUUUUAAAUAUAAUUUUAACAACAAUAUUCAAAAUGUAGUCACUUGUAAUUUUGAUUCGUGUUAGUUUAGCUCUCUAAUUUUUAUAAAAUUAAUGCUUUUUAACUCCUUAUGUAUCAAAUAAAUUUCAUUAUAGUUUAUAAAUAGUAAUUCCAUGCAGAAACUGGAAAUUUUACACUAACUGAGUAAUUACCAUUAUUAUUUGCCUCAUUACAUUUUGAAAAGUUCCAGUCAACUAUCAUUAUUUUUAAAGAAAUGACAUGGCUUGAUAGCCUUUGAUAAAAUACUUAACUAUUGAAGUCUGAAUAAAUCUUUGUAAAUUUUUGCCCUAUAAAAUUUUAUUCUUCCAUUAAGGAUUAGUAAACUGAAGUAGUAUUUGAAGUAGCAACUGAAGAAGCACAUUUGUAGCUUUUCUUAGAGAGAAAAUAUAGUUAAAUUUUUUCUUCCUAUUUCUCUGCUGCUUGAUCUUUAUCGAUAAUUUUUCCAAAAAUUUUGGUUUUAUAACGCAUACGCCAUCAAUUAAACAGAAUUGUUUAUUUUUAUUUAUAUAUUUAUUUUAGUUGACAUUUUCCUUAUACAGUUGCCCCACUUAAUUGCAUAACUGAUAUUUGAAUAACCCGCUUGCUUAAAGUAGUAGAAAUUUUGAGAACCAAGAUAUAUUGUAUAGAAAAAAUAUUUAAAUUUCCCCCGGGCAACUAUUUAAGAUUUUUUAUUAUCGCAUAGAAACCUACCUAAAAGGAAAAAAAUUUGCUCAUUUAAAGUAUUUUUUCGCUGCUCGGAGUGUAUAUAUAUAUAUAUUAAAUGCCAUUAUAUUCCACUUAUAUGGCAAAAGCUGCUUUUCUCUCGCUAUUUCUGAGGAAAAAGCAUAAAAUAACUGAUAUGAUAUGUUUUAAAUCAAAUUGUUAUGAAUCAACUUGUUUUAACUAAGCUGAUAUUUUUGAACUGAUGCUUAUAAACUGAUAUGUUUGAAUAUAUGAAAUAAUAUGUUUUAAAUAAAUAUUGUUGGUAAAGUUUUGAUAUAAGUUUUUAAAUUUUUAAUAAUUAUUUUUGCAAUCUCAUUUCGAAAGCAAUAUAAAUGGUUUAUUAAAAUAUGCAAACUUUA